UUCUUCUUCUCAACACAGUUAGAUGAACAGAUAACAGCAGAGCAAGGACAGCCACAGAAGUCCAUCCACUGUCUUUGCCAGAUGUGUCUCCUAAAAGGACAGUGCUGAUAGUUAAACACUCCAGCCUCCCGAAAGACAGGAUACUGAUUCAGGUGCUGCAGAAACUCUCCAGGAAUAAUGUUUCAUGCUGUAAUCCUCGUCGCAUUUCUGGCCUGUCUGGUGUCCUCACAGGGCCCACCCAGAGAGGGUUACUGUGCCUUCUAUGAGGAGUGUGGUCGUAACCCAACUGUGGACGGUAGCCUGAUUCCUCCCAUUGUUCCAUGUCUCAAUUACAGCGCAGCCCGACACCUUACAGGAGAGCAUUACAAAAGGCUCAAAGAGGUGUGCCCCAUGUUAGACAAAGGAGAAGGCAACACAUAUGCCUGCUGCUCCCUGGGACAACUCUCCUCUCUGGAAAAUAGUUUGAGUCUUUCCAAAAACCUGCUGGUACGCUGCCCAUCCUGUGCUGAGAACUUUGCCCACCUGCACUGUAUCACUACCUGCAGCCCCAACCAGACUCAGACCUUAAAUGUCACAAAGGUUAUGAAUGUAACGUAUCUGAAUGCGACGAGGGAGGCAGUGGUGGCCUACCAGGCAUAUAUCAGCAGCGAGUUCUCAGAAGGUGCAUUUAAUUCUUGCAGAAAUGUCAGGAUUCCAUCCACAGGAGGUUUUGCCAUAGCCACCAUGUGUGGUCGUUAUGGAUCGAAGCUGUGCACAGCCCAGCGUUGGUACGAUUUCCAGGGGGACACCAGCAAUGGUCUGGCGCCAUUGGACAUUGACUUUCGGCUGAUAGCGAACAAUGACACUUCCGGAGUACCAGAGGGGAUUAUUCCUUACAGUGGGCAUGCUAUUGGGUGUAAUGAGAUUACAACAACAGGCGAGGAAGCCUGCUCCUGCCAGGACUGCCUAGAGUCAUGCCCUCCUGUGCCACCCCCACCUCCACUUCCUGAACCUUUCAUGCUGCUAAGUAUGGAUGGAUAUCUGCUGAUAUGUAUAAUCUUAUUCUGUCUUCUGAUGUUAGCCUUUUUGUUUUACCUCAUUGUGUCUUGCUACGUGGAAUAUCAAAACAAGAAACACUAUCAGACAUCUAAAUUAAAUAAAAAAAUCAAGGAUGAAAACAGUAAUGAAGUGGGUGAGCGCAUCAUCGACCCAUCAGAGGUGACAUGUCUAGAGAAAAAUAGUUUUGCAGCUCAAGCUUUUAUGAGUCGUCAGUUUCAACGUUGGGGAACCUUAAUGGCUUCUUAUCCCCUCAUUGUUAUCUUGGUGGCAGCCAUCAUUGUGGCUGUUUUCGCUGUUGGCCUCAAGUCAAUCCGGCUCACCACUGAUCCGGUUGAGCUGUGGUCUGCUCCCAACAGCAGGGCCCGCCAGGAGAAGGACUUCCAUGACGAAAACUUUACUCCCUUCUUCAGGACUAACCAGCUCAUCCUGACAGCACCAGGAAGAACAGGUCACGUUUAUGAUUCACUGCUGUUUGGGCCGCAGAACUUCAGUGGGCUUAUAUCCAAAGAUCUCAUCAUUGAGCUGCUGAAUCUCCAGAGAAAAAUACAGGAUAUUCAGUUCUGGUCAGAUGAUUUGAACCGAAAUGCGUCCCUGAAGGACGUGUGUUACGCGCCACUAAACCCAUCUAAUCCUUCCCUUACUGACUGUGCAGUAAACAGCCUGCCACAGUACUUCCAGAACAGUCUGGAGAACAUUAAUGCUAAAGUAAAUAUGACUGAGCUCGGAGUGACCAAGGAGGUAGACUGGAGGGACCAUCUAAUCUACUGCCUUAACUCCCCGCUCUCCUUCAAAGAUAUCACAGAUUUAGGAAUGAGCUGUAUGGCUGAUUAUGGAGCUCCAGUAUUUCCAUUUCUAGCAGUGGGAGGCUAUGAAGAUGAUGGAUACACCAACUCUGAAGCCUUCAUAAUGACCUUUUCUCUCAACAACUAUGGUCGUGACAACCCCAAAUUUAAAGUAGCCUUGCAGUGGGAAACAGAAUUUCUCAAAAUUGUCCGGGACUACCAAAGAAGCCCAGAAUGCAAAUUUACUUUUGCAUACAUGGCUGAGAGGUCCCUGGAGGAUGAAAUUAAUCGAACGACAGCAGAAGAUAUUCCCAUCUUCAUGAUCAGCUAUGCUGUGAUCUUUGUUUAUAUCGCAGUGGCACUGGGGGAGUACUCUUCAUGCAAACGCUUACUGGUGGAUUCAAAGUUUUUAGUGGGUUUAGGAGGAAUUCUGGUGGUGGUCUGUUCGGUUCUGGCCUCCAUGGGUUUCUACUCAUGGAUUGGGAUCCCAUCCUCGCUGGUCAUUCUGCAGGUCGUGCCUUUCCUGGUGCUCGCUGUUGGAGCUGACAACAUCUUCAUCUUUGUUUUGGAGUACCAGAGGGAUGUAAGGGAGAUGGGAGAGACCCGAGAGCAGCAAAUUGGCCGCGUGCUUGGACGAGUUGCACCCAGUAUGCUGCUGUGCAGUUUGUCAGAAUCUGUCUGCUUCUUUUUAGGGGCCUUGUCCACCAUGCCGGCCGUGAAGGCCUUUGCUCUGUAUGCUGCUUUGGCCAUCCUCAUGGACUUCUUCCUCCAGAUCACAGCCUUUGUGGCACUUCUGUCCCUGGAUGCUAGGCGCCAAGACAACAACCGGUGUGAACUGCUUUGCUGUGUUACUGUGUCAAAAGAACGUGCCAAUAAACCAAAUGAGGGCUUUUUGCUGCCUUUUAUGAGAAAGUUCUACGCCCCCGUCUUGCUGCACAGUGUCACCAGGAUCAUAGUGAUGGUGGUUUUCAUCUUCAUGGCGUGUGCUUCGAUAUACCUCAUGCUGCAUGUGAAAGUUGGUUUGGAUCAGGAGCUGGCGAUGCCCAAGGGUUCCUACAUGCUGGACUAUUUUCAGUAUCUCUACAAAUACUUUGAAGUUGGCGUCCCAGUAUAUUUUGUGACAAAGAGAGGAUAUGACUUCAGCACGGUGGAGGGCAUGAACGGUGUGUGCUCCAGCGUGGGCUGCGAUCAGUUCUCCAUGACUCAGAAGAUCCGCUAUGCCACAGACUAUCCUGAACGAUCCUACAUGGCUAUUCCUGCUAACUCUUGGGUGGAUGAUUUUAUUGACUGGUUGAACCCUGGAUCCAGAUGCUGCCGCCUCUACACAGCAGGUCCAAAUGUUGGAGAAUUCUGUCCUGCAAACAUAACCGGUUUAAACUGUUUAAAGAAAUGCUUGCCGAAUCCUGAAGAUGGUGUUGUACGGCCCAACUUGACACAGUUCAACCGCUUCCUCCCUGAAUUUCUGGCUAACAGGCCUGACCUGCAGUGCUCCAAAGGUGGUUUAGGAGCUUACGAUACAGCAGUGGUGCGAAGCGAAACUGGAGAAAUAGUAGCCUCUCGGUUCAUGGCAUAUCACUCUCCACUGACCAACUCUCAGGAGUUCACAGCUGCCCUGAAAAAAGCCAGAGAGCUGGCCGACGAAAUCACCAAGGGCAUGAGGAAUAUUAAUGGCACCUCUCCUGACUUUGAAGUAUUUCCUUACACGAUUACUUACGUGUUUUAUGAGCAAUACCUGACUAUCGUGGAAGAAGGGCUCUUCAACAUCGGCCUUUGUCUCAUACCGACCUUUGUGGUGUGCUGCCUGCUGCUGGGUUUGGACCUGAUCUCCGGCUUCCUCAACCUGCUCACCAUCCUCAUGAUUGUGGUGGACACCGUUGGGGUCAUGACCUUAUGGAGCAUAGACUACAACGCAGUGGCCCUGAUUAAUCUGGUCACGGCAGUGGGUAUAUCUGUGGAGUUUGUGUCCCACAUGACCAGAGCCUUUGCUCUCAGCACUAAGAUGACACGCAUUGAAAGAGCAAAGGAGGCGACAGCCAACAUGGGCAGUGCAGUGUUUGCUGGUGUUGCAAUGACCAAUUUGCCAGGCAUUAUUGUUUUGGCGUUUGCUAAAGCUCAGCUGAUCCAGAUUUUCUUCUUCCGCUUAAAUCUUGUCAUCACUCUCCUGGGACUGGCCCACGGACUCAUCUUCCUCCCUGUGCUGCUCAGUUACUUCGGUCCUGGUGUGAAUAAAGCAGUGCUGUUGCACCAACAACAGGAUAGAGAACAAUCAAUGACGGAUGAAAAACCUAAAGAGGUGUAUGAAAACAUUGCACUUUAAAAGCAUGAAUUAAAACUGGAACUGGAUUCAAACUCCAAAAAGCUUCAAUUGAAGUUCCAGAUCACUCAGGAAUAAAUGAAAAAGAGGAGAUAAACAGAAAAUCUUUCAAUAAAAGCCAAAACCCCUAAGAAAUAAAUGAAGGGAUAAACUCCAGCAAAUCUUCAAUUGAAAGCAAAAACCCCUGAGAAAUCGAUGAGGAGGAGGAGAUUACUGUUCUCUGAGCAUCACCUGUAUAAACACUUUUCUCUACACUUCUUUUGUAUAAAGUUGGACUGGAUGGACUCAAAGCAGCUUUGGAGUCACGUAUGCAGCUCAAUGUGGAAAUCAUUAACCCAACUCCGUCUCUAUCUUCAAAUGGACUAUUAAGAAGGCUGAUAAAAACAAAGUUGUGUAAAAACUUUAAAAUAAUAAAUAAUGCAUAAACAAAGACAAUGCAACAUGAUACCUUGAAAUUGCCUUUUUUUUUAGUAACCUGCCUUUCACCAAUUGAUUGAUGCAGAGAGCCACCAGCUCUCCCUUCAAUCCAAACAGCAUCAAGCAGGUGUAAAAGAAAUGGAUAAAUGAAUAAUCAGAUGAAGUGAUGAGUCAAAUUUAGUAAACAACACAAACAAAAGCCUUUUUUAGAUCAUUAAUAGGGCACACUCCACCUUUAAUUCGUUUUUAUUAUGUGCUAUACAUUUACAGGUACAAUAAACAAAUGAAGAAAUGUUUAUCCUCUAACACAAAAUAAGUAUUGCUUUUAAUAAUAGAAAAUUAGAAGUUACAGUUAUCUAGAAAAGUUUUUUUUUUUUGUUCUGGUUUGUCGACUAAUUUUUUAUUUACCAACUAACCCAAAGAGUUGCAAAUGUGUGCUUCCUCAUUAAGAUGCAUGAAGAAGAAUGCAAGUUUGUGAAUUUAUGAAGACCAUUUUUACCGGUGUGACAUUUGUGUCAAAAGUAAAAAUGAAGGCGUAACUUUUAAAGUUGAGUUUGUGACUCAUGGCUGCAGAAUCUCGCAGUUGUAUUAAUUGAUUUGUGUUUGUGUUAAGGGAAAAAAAAUACAUAUUUUUUGAAGAUUUUAAUACACGUGUUUGAAUUUGUUUUGCACCAUUUGUUUUAGAUCAACUGUAGCAAAACUGAAUGUAAGAGGAUUUUGAUGUGCAACUUGUAGAACAGAAUUUGUGUUCUUGUACUUAAAAUUUGAACAGUUGUAAAA